AUGGAGUCCGGUGUGGAAGAAAAGGCUUGGUCUGUGGUUUGGUAUAGCAAGUACGGUUCGGCGAUAAAUUUUCAAACGGGGAUACCGCAUAAAAUACGGACGUAAUGCCUAACCUCCAGAUCGCAAGACAAUUCGACGUUCGUGGAAUAAGUUUCUUGAGACUGGCAGCGUUAACAGGAAACAAAAAAAGCAGGAAAGAUUAGUACGAACGGAGCUGAAAAUUUAAGAAGUUUUGUCAAAAUUCCGAGAAAAUCCGCAUAUGAGUACACGAAGUUUGGCCAGAACCGAGGGAAUGCCUUCAGCAAGGACCAUUCGACGAACUCUGGAGGUUGAUCUUCACUUUUUGUUCUUAUUCUCAUCGUCGAUUUUCGGGAGGGUAAAUUCCGCCGUAUUUUUCUUCCGCACCGUACUCCAUUUCUGGACACACCGGGAAAGACCGAAAAAACAACCGAAAAACGACCGAAAAAAUGAACUCCAAGAAUAAAUCCAAUAACUGUAGAUAUACACUUACUAUGUAUAACAUAUUUGGUAUCAAACAAAAUGGGGUUGGCUGACGAUUCAGGGAAAAAAAGAAUUUUAAAAUUUGGCCAAAAACUAAAGAAGUUAUAGCCAAUUCAAAUCGGGCCACAAAGAUGCCCCACCCUGUACUAGACCUUACGUCACACAUGACCAUAAAAAGUCAAUUUUGAUGGAAGAAUGAGCUCAAAAACGUUUGUUUCACGGGUGUUUAAACUGCUACAAACACUUGUAACUAACUCUCAACUCUUUACACAUGAAUUCUCAACUGCAAUCAUUCGAAAACAAUUAAAAAAUUCACAAAAUGGAAAGAAAAACUGUGCAAAAAUACCAUCUCGGAUUAAUAACUACAUGGCAAUUUUACAAGCGCAAACCUAUUUGUAAAAUUAGAGAAACGAAGAAGCAAAUCCGAAAAAAGAAAUUGGAGAGAGAAAACGGAGAGCAAGCGAUCUUCCUGCGAAUCAGGGAAAAUGCCAGACAAUGGUAAACAGGUGAUAAAUAAAAUAAAAAAAUUAUAAAAAUUUUGAAAGAAUUUCUGGAGUUGACGUCGAUUUCACGGCCAAUUGUUGGAAACUGUAUUCGAAAAAAUCAAAGUGGUAAGAAUUCGCGGCUUUCCCGUCAAUUUUUUGUAUUUCUUAUGUAUUUUUUAUAAAAUUUGCGAGAAAUUUUACGGAUUAUAUUAUUGCCAGGAUUCGGAUAGCGAAUAUUCGGACUUUGAUUCCUUCGAGGAACUGUCUAUAUCUGAAGUUGACUCCGAGGGAGAAGACGACGACUUUCUGGUUGAGGAAGUCAGCGACGACGACGACGAAAUAGACCCAGAUGAUAUAGGUAUGGGAGAAUUUUAUUUCCAAUUCUUUCUGUGUUUAGCGGCCGAAAUGGAUGUGGAUGAUAGCGAUGAGAGUGGUGCCGAGGAGGGCACCAGGAUGUCCUAUCAGAAGGAUAUGUGGCAGAUUCGGAUGUUCCCUUAUUCAGAGGAAAUGAGACAGAAUGCAGAUGAAUACUUCACUUAUGUAAAGACGGGAUUGGGAAGAGCAGUUUUACAUCGAAACUCACGUCCUGGACUUGUCUUUUGGACUCAGGAACUUAACAGGUGUGUUGUAGGCGUGGAUAUUCUAUUUUUCUUCGUUUUUAGUCAAAGUUGUGGUUCUUCUUUCAUACUAUAAUAUACGUUAUAGAUUCUUGGCGCUUUAUGGACGACGAUUCACCAAGCGCGACCAUAUUCACAUGGUCAAACUGUUGUAUUCGGCUGUAAUUGCGGAGAAAUUGGACUUUUCGAUCGUCCAAGCCAUCUCUUCAAUCCUCUGCCAACUUUUAUGGUAAGAAUAAAUACGAGUGUGUUUAUUAUUAUUUAGCCGAAAAAGUCUUCUCAAUAGAAAGGAUUUAACUUUGGAAUGGAAGCCGCUUUACAAGUUGUACUACGAGGUCACUUAUAAGAAUCUGGAAGAGGUAUGACUUAUUUUAGAUAUUAUUUCAUUUUUAGGAGGGAGUGUUUUUACUGCCAGAAGAUGUGAAGAAAUCCUUGGAAAAGCUGAUUCAUUACGCUUGCCCGUUCUUCGCAGACGAAGCAACGCAGGAGAUCCUUGACGAAGUGAGUGUAACCCGCAUUUUUGUUACUUUAUUUUAGUUGCGGCCGUUCUUUUGCCCACUGGAUGAUUGUUUUUCGAAAGGUUUAUGUUUGUCUUAUCAUUUCUUGCCAACCUGUUUGACUCAAGAAGAACAUGCCAAAUUCGGGGCCGGUCUAUGGUUCGAAGAGUAUUGGCAUUGGUAUUCCGAAGCCGACCCAACAGCCACCACGGAGACUCUUUUUGCUCAGAUCUUUGGAAAAUUAGCUAAGGAUUCUCCAUUUUUCGUCGAUUACAGUGAUCGGAUGGAUGUGAUAUUCAGUCAGCUAUUGCAUUCGUUCAAAUUGGAUGUGGGGUCUGAUCGAGUUAAUGUAUGGACAAGUUCAAACGUCUUCAGUCAUAUGGCCAAUUUGAUCACCUAUAAUUUGGGAGGAGAGAAGAAUAUGUAAGUGCCUUUAUUAUACAUAAAUUGUUUUUUUCCCAUGUUUAGAUGACUUUAUGACAUUAUUUUAGAACCCAAGAAUACUUGAACAAGCUUUUCCGAACAGUCGAAAAUUACUUCCAUCCUUCAAACAAUGGACAAUACACUCAAAAUUUGAUCAAUUUUGUGGUUCUUCUCUCGAAUGAAGUUGUGAAUCGAGUGUCUCGGGAAAGAUACAAUUAUAAAAAACAUAUUAUUCCAGUAAGGGAUGUUUGAACUUUUUUAUUUGGAUUUUAGAUCCCAGAACAAUACAGAUUGACGGACGCUCAAGUGGAUGCGUUUGUGAAGUCGAUCCUGCCUUGUUUGGAAUACGCCGCUUUCUCCAAAGUCAAGCAUGAAUACGUGCCUUCAAUAAUGCGGGUCUUGUCCUUCUUGUCUCCGGGCCUUAUCAUCCCGUCGGUGUUAGAUUUGUAAGUCAAAAUGAAUAUGAAAUUGAAUGUCCUAUGUCGGGAACUAUGUGUUUAUUUCGACAUUUUCAGAGUUUACCCAGCGCUAGAAACCGUAACGGAACCUCAUCGAUUAAUGCAAUCGCUUUAUAUAUUGGCAGGGAUUUGUGUUUCAUUGGUUAGAGACGACACAACAAAAAGUAAAGGAGAAAGACGGGCUUUGAAAUAUACAGAAUCCAUCGAACCGGAGGCCCAUCUAAAGAGCUUCAGGAUCCAUGCUAUCAACAUCUUGUGUAAUAUCUUGCCUGGAAUCGAUAUGAACGACACAGUGAAGACAACUUUGACUGUUCAGGUAGAUUAUUGUUCAUUUUGGGGAUGUUUGAUAACUUUUUUUGUUGUUGGUUGGGCAUAGUGGAUUAAUUUUACAUUGUUUUAGAUCACUGUAGUUCUUUUGCUAUUGAUCCCGGUCCACGAUUGUUCCGAGGCCAUUUACAUUCGGGAUGACUUAACAGAAGAGGAGAAGGAGCUCUGUGCCGCCACUGCCAGAUUUGAUCCGUUUGUAGAUCAGCUUUUGGAAAGACUGUUUAAUAUGCUGGAGGUCUUUGGAAAUAACCCUGGUGUGAAUGCACACAACACUCGGUUGAAUCUGACCAAACCGCGGCAGAAGAGUGUGGAGGAAAUGGUCUUGGAAAGGGGAAUCGGUGGAGUCAUUAGAAGUCUUCUCAAGAAUUGUAGUGUCGCCAUUUAUGAGGCAAGUACAAUAUAAAAUUUUGUGAUUUUUGAGUUUAGAAAACGCUCAAUUUCUUCUACGGAUUCCUGACUCGCACCCUGGCUGAUUCUCGGCCCGUCAUGGACACGUUGCGAUCCUUGAUACCGAUUUUUAUUCUCCAUUCUCCAGAUCGCGCCUUCCCGCUGUUCUUUGAUUUCACUUUCAACAAGCUGAAAUUGGCCAUCACUGGUAAGUGGGCUUAAUAUUUUUUUGAAUUUGUUGUUUAGAAGACGUUUUGAACGAGGAUGAAGUGGAUUCAUCCCUAAUAUGGUAUUUGAAUAUGUUCGCAGAGGUUGUUCAUGGUGCUCCGGGAGUAUUUUUGACACGAAAACGGGAAGAGAUCAAUACUAUAAUUGAGUUGGGAAUGCAAUUCAAGUGCAAAGAUGCCAUUAAUGUGAUGGGAAGGAUAAUUCAGAACACAAUCUCGUCUUUAACAUCAUUUUUCCCCAUUUCUUCGUCGGUGAAAAAAGAAAAAGACCUUGGUUUAGAUGAGUAUUUGCCGAUAAGAGUAAGAAUUCUUUUAGUAUUUUAGUUUUUCUCUUUAGGAUUGGGCGAGAACAAUAGAUAAGAAGAGCUGGGACCUUAAAUGGCAUUUGCCGACUGAUGAGGAUAUUGCAUAUGCUCAGCAAAUGGUCAAUCGAAUCGUAUUUUACCAGCUGGAUCGCCUCAGAGAUUCGAAGGAAGUCGAUAAGCUUUCGCAGUAAGAAAAUUUUUGGGGUUUGGGUAAUUAAAGUUUGGUUUCCUCAUCGUUUUGUUACAGCAAUGACCUCCAGAAACGCCUGAUCUUCGUUCGUUGCGCAAUUCUCGGUGGCUCCAAACUGAUGCCAUUUAUGGAAGGAUCGCCCCUUGAGCAGCUGAAUGAUGAGCCGGCUGGUCUCUUUGUGGACACAAUAUUCUUACCCAGAAAUAUGAAAUGUUUGACGUCAACGGAUGGAAGAAAUCUGAGGAAUGUCGUCUUCGAAAGGAUCAACACCUUGGCUGAUUAUGUCCUCAAGAACAGAGAAAAUGACACCAAGACCAUGGUGGAGAUUAUCGGAAUCUUGAGGAUAUUGUUGCAUGUGAGGGGAGUGGAUGAAAAGUCUUAUCAGCCUCUUCUGAGCACCUAUCGAUCCACAAAAGGCAAUCUGGCCGAUCCUUUGAGAGGACCCUCGGUGAAUAUCGAGUCCGUGAUGGAGGAUUCGCUGGUCUUUAUGCAUGUGGUAAGUUAUUAUUUAGUUUUUUUUUGAUAAACUUUUUGCUUUCAGAAGAGAUGCAUCUACAAGCAUCCUUUAAGUCUAAACUCGACCCAUUUGGAUGUGUUCAGACUGUUGAUCCGCCUGUCGACUUCAACCUACAGUGCUGUCAGAAUUCAGGCUCAACGAGUUCUCGACUCUUGUUUCAAUACGUGGGCUCGAUCUUAUAAGUUUGUCCUUGAUGACAUCUUGUAUUAUAUCCAGAAUGGCGCUCAACUCACACAUGAGCAGUUUAAGGUCAGAUUUGGAUUCAGAUUUUAUUUUUAAAUUUCUCGUAUGAUUUGGUAUAUUUUUAUGUUUUUAGGGGGCUCUAUACAUUUUAUACACGGGAAAGAGCCGAAGUAUUGCCCUGAGACAGGAUUGGAUCUCCCUUCUGAAGAUCUGGCCAUGCUUGGUAAAGGCGCAGUUCAGCGAGAAGCCCUCGAUUGUGGCUCUUUUGGACUCGAUUCAUGACAUGUUCAUGAAUAAUUUUGCUUCAUUUGAGAUCUAUUUCACGGUAAGGAUUGUUUGUUUUAUAUUAUUUUUUUCAGUUCCCUGACAAUGUCCUCGAACAUGCUCGGAAUCUGCUGGUGAAUUACGACGGUUGCAUUCACCCACCGGAUUACCCAGGAUUUAACUAUAUGACGGAAGCCGAAUCGAAACAACUCGAGGCACAAAGGAACGCAGAGAAUGUAAAGAUCUACUACGAACUGUGUUCUCAGCUCGUCCAAUUGGCAAACGACUCCACUCUUCAUUGGAGGCAUGCUGAAUUGGCCCAAUCCUUGUUAUCUCUUCUGCUGCGAAGAGAUAUCGAAUAUCCGAAAGAUGCGGUGAUAAUAUUCACAAAGCUACUGGCUUCAGACACGAUCAGAACAAGGAAAACGGCCGUCAGUUUGAUGAGUUCAUGGCUGAAGAUCAACAAGCCAAAGGCCAACAGGGUCGUCUUUAACUUUGAUAAGGGAGAAAACGGACCCGGAGCGAAAGCACCGAUAAAAUACGGAAUCCGGGAAGACAACAAAUGGGUCCUGUUCAAGCCAGAAGAUACUCCGAGAAGCGAAGAACAGUGGAAUAACACGGAUUUCCACGCCAAGCCAUUCUGGGGAUAUUAUACAUGGCCCAAGGAAUACAGAGGAUAUGCAGCGCCUUCGAAACAAACACAGGUAGAGAAAUUGUUAUUUUUUUUAGUUGGUAGGGCUGUGUUUAAAGUUGUUAUUGAUUUUUUUUGUAGAUUAACCGGACACGCGAUUCCCUAAAUGCAACGGAAAAGGAAGUCUUGGCUCUGCUGACCGAUUCCGCUCAUCUGGGAAGAGUUCUGCAGUUGAUGUCGGUGGAAGAGAAGAAAGGAUCAGAAGAAUUCAGUGCCUCCACUUACAGCUUCUUCUACGGCCUCACAAGACAAUUCAACACCGACAUUGUGGAAGCCCUCAGGCCAUUUGUAGACCAUUACAUUUCGAGUAAAGCUGAGGCGUCACAAAGACUGGCCGCAGAAAUGGUAUCCGGAAUACUGAAGGGCGCCAAGUUGUGGACAUUCGACAAGCUGAUACCGUUGAGAAAUUGGCUGGGCCCAAAAAUAAUCGCUGUUUUGGAGGGAAUGAGCAAUGAAAUCGAAGGCCUCUGGGCGCAAGCGAUCGUCUCCAUAUUUUUUGAUCUAGAACCACGGCAAACUUAUUGGUUGUACGAGCUCUUGAUGCAGUUGUGGAAGAAACCAACCGACAAUUCCUAUCACAUCUCGGCUCGAAUGUAUUUCCUUCACUGUGCUGCCAGCCAAUGGGAAUGGAGAUCCGUGGCCUUGUGGCAUGAAUUGGUGCAACUGGUCAAACCAUUCAUCGGGCAUUCGCUUCAGAAUCUGAGAUCAAGAGUUUCGUCGUAAGUAUUUUCAUUUUAGUUGCAUAUAGUGGCCAAAAGAAUAGAAUAAGAUGACCCUUACCUGUUUUAGAAUCAUAUCCGAUGCAUGCCAAUACGAGUACCGUCGAAUGUAUGUUCUUCCCACACUCGAGGAGCGUCUCAAGCCUCUUUGUUUCCGGGAAGUUGCGAACGCCAUUAAAAAUGAAGUCCCCAAGAUGUUCGGAGUGGCCGCAGGCUCGAUAAACAAGAUCCCCUCGGGCGUAGAAUUGAUGGAAAUGGGAGAGAACUCGACACCCGAGAAUGGGGAUGACCUCAAGAAGGAGAGGAUGAUGAUGCUGACCUUCAUCAACAUGCUGUCUUUGUCCUCUUCCCAGUGCACAGAACCCCAUGUUCUUCAAUUCAUGCCUUUGCUGGCACAUUAUUCGAAUGAUACGAAGUAAGUUGAAUGUCUUGGAUAAGAUUGUGACUUUUCAGGGAUGACGAAUUGAAGAACGGCUGUAAUCUGAUACUCCUCCAUGUAAUGAGUGUGGUCCCGGUUCACAAAACCAAUAUCAAUUCUCUUCUCCAGAACAUUGCUGAUGUGAGUGUCUCUUCCAAUGCAUUUAUUAUUGUUCUUUAGGCUUUAAACACGUGUACCUGGUGGAAAGCACGAGUCACUCUCCUAAAGUUCCUCCAAGUCGCCGUCUUUUCAAAUGUUUUCUCCCUGUCCCAUGCGGUUGAUGAUAUAUGCAGACUUUUAUUCCAUUUCCUCAACGAUACUCAAUUGGAGGUCAGGAUUUGUGCCGCGGAUACUAUCUCUGGAUUCAUCAAUUGUGGUUACGUCAGUGUGAACGAUAAUCUUCUGGUAAGUAGAGUGUUGUCUGGCGAAGCUUUGAUAAUUCUUUGUCGGAGAAAAGUUGGGAGUAUCUGAAAGGAUAAGUAGACGGCAUUGAUGUAAAUAUUAUUUCAUUUAGCCCCUCGAAUAAUUUUAUCUCCUUUACAGGCCGUUAUAAACGAAAUGGCAAACAGUCAAGAGCCCCUUCGCCGGCAUGCUGGCGUCCUUGGCCUGGCCGCCAUCAUCCAAGCAUUCCCCUAUACGGUGCCCACCUUCUUGCCCGACGUCCUCAUGAAGUUGUGUCGCUAUGCGUCGGAACGUCAGCCCAUCCAAGCCACCGUCAAGAAAGCGCUCAGCGAAUUCAAACGAACCCAUCAAGACUGCUGGCACGAACACAAGCAGGAGUUCACGGACGACCAGCUCACCGUCCUCACGGGCCUCCUCGUGUCCCCCAAUUACUACGUCUGA